GCGCCCUAUCUUCUCAAUAAAAUAGGACUCACGCAGCAAGCAUCUGUUCGCCGAGGUCCCCGUGCCUCGGCACCCUAUCUUCUCAAUAAAAUAGGACUCACGCAGCAAGCGUCUGUUCGCCGAGGUCCCCGUGCCUCGGCGCCCUAUCUUCUCAAUAAAAUAGGACUCACGCAGCAAGCAUCUGUUCGCCGAGGUCCCCGUGCCUCGGCGCCCUAUCUUCUCAAUAAAAUAGGACUCACGCAGCAAGCGUCUGUUCGCCGAGGUCCCCGUGCCUCGGCGCCCUAUCUUCUCAAUAAAAUAGGACUCACGCAGCAAGCAUCUGUUCGCCGAGGUCCCCGUGCCUCGGCACCCUAUCUUCUCACGGUUUUGCUUGCAGCAUCCAAAGCGUCCGCUUUCUUCCCAAAUGGCGUUUGCGUAAGUCCUAGUAUAAUAACGUGAGUUCGAUAAUAAAAAUUGAAGAGGUCCCGUAGGUUGGGUAAAGCCGUGAAUCACCAAGAACCCUUCAGACUACCAACAA